UUCAAUUUAACACUGCUUGGCUAACAACGUCGUCGACACACAGUGAAUAGUGGUGAUGAUAGUCGAGAAAGAAGAGCAGCAGAUUCAGUGUCAUCUACGCGUCGCGUCUCAGUGCUGAAUGAAUGUGAAAAUUUUAAAGAAAAAUAACCAAAGAAUAAAAAAAUACAUAAAAAAAAGAAAAUAAGAAAAAAAAAUUAACACAAAAAAAAUGAGGAGAAUGAGAUGUGUAUCUGCAUAAAUAGAGAAAAGCACAGAAGGAGAAAUUCUGAACAAAAAAAAAAUAAAUAAAAUAAAAAAUCAAUAAAAAUAUACCAUAAUACUCGCACAUAGAACGCGUGUGGUGUGAUUUUAAAUGAAGCCAAACAAAAAAUUAUGUAAAAUUUGAGCAAAAAUUUAUAUAUUCUAUUGCAAGUUUUGUUUCUUCUUUUGCCCUUAAAUAAGAAUACAACAAAGAGCUGCUACUGCUGUCGCGCUGUGGACUAAAGCCGGUUUUUUAUUCUGCAAAUUAACCUCUUCGCAGAUUUUAUAAUUCCCCAUCGACAUAGGACUGGUUUGUGGCAAGAACAAAAAAAAUUUUGUUAUUUGUGUUCAAAACGGUUGAAAAUUUUAAUUUGUAAAAUAGCUGAGAGCACAACAACGGAUCGAAGAAGAUAUACUGUAAUGCAACAUAAAACGUCUCGUUUGAAUGUAAACAAAAUCAAAAGACGUUACCGCAUGAGUUUAAUAGAAUUUAAUGAGAAUAAAUUCAUUGGAAAACAACACUCGCCACAGCAACAGCAACAACAAAAACAGCCCAUAAACUACCGUUAAGUGAUGCGAAAAUUUUGAUAAACUCAAACGUGGAGGAGGAAAUCUGCUACAUCGACCGAAAGAGAGAGAGAGGGAGAAGUAAAAAACAAAACAAACCGCAAAAAAUGUUUGGUUGACCCAAAUAAGCUCAAAUAUAUUUUGCAAUAACAAUAACGACGACAACAAUAGCAACAGCAACAGCGCCACUGUAAUAGCAAUAACGCCAGCGAGAACGACAAUAACACCGACGCCGCCACAGCUAAAAACGAAAAACAUAAUUUUGCAAUAAACCUACAACUGAGAAAAAAAACGCGGCGCAUUAUUGCAACAAAAGUGCAAUAACCCAUCCGGCCGAAUAGAAGGCAGGUCUAUAAACUCUAACCAAGCCAUAGAGCAGCAGCAGGCGGCGAAGAAGCGGGUGCAGAAUUUUUUGCCGCAAAGGGUGCUGUUAUAGUAAAAUUGUGAAAAGAUCCGUAAAACAACAACAAACAAACUGUGUUCCACACAAAAAUAGAGCAAAAGCAAAAGAGAGGCAACGAUCUAUGAAAAUAGUCGAAAUAACGACAUCAGACAAAAUUGCACAUCGACACCAGCCGACCGACAUUGUGAACAACAUCCUCAGCCAACUCAAAAACAUUUGCACACACACACACACACACAUACACAGGCUACAACUCAAUUAAUUCAUUCACAUUUGGCGGCGAAUUUCUCUUUUACACACAACAAAAUUAAGUGCGAAGCCAACAAAAAAAAAUUCCCACCACAUUUAGAAUUGGAAAAGCUACAAAAAAACGGAAAAUAUCUACAGGAAAAUAUUUUCAAUUUUCACACAAAACGAAAAUAAAGUGAAUGAAAAUUUGUCUUGCAAUUGAUUAAAGAAUCAUUGAGACAACUUUUGUAUUAAAAACAACAGCGUUUUACGUUGAAUUCAUCUUAAAAAGAAGAAUAAAAACAACAAAACUGCCCCAACGGUUAGUAAUUGAAUGAAGAGCCGUCUUCCUGACAUUGACUUCCUUCGGGCUGCAAUAGUAAUUGUGGCGCAUCUGCAGAUUUGAUUGCCUUUGUCUUUAACUAGCGUUUAAUUCGCAACUCUGCAACUCGGCAGCCAAUCUGUCAUUCGCAGACAACACAACAAAACAUGGUACUACAAAAUCACAACACAAUUCAAACACGCUCUGUAACAUUGACCAGCUCGAAUCGUACAACCGGCACAACCGCUUCAACAUCGUCAACUAGCAGUGCGGAUGAUUCAUUGUCAUCGCCAGCAACGACCACAUACAGAAUGAAACAACAACGACCAAUUAUUGAUCUCUUGGUGGCCAUGAUUGCCGUGCCCAUCUUGAUCUUGUGCGCCCUGCAAUUGGAGAAGAAUCUGCACGAUAUGGGCAGUAGUCCCGAGAGUAGAUGGCUGGUCUUUGCCUUGGGCAUUGGUAUGCUAAUUGUUAGUGUAAUCAUAUGCGGAUAUGUAACACAUCGCAUGGGCGUAUGCAUAUGGGCCGGACCCAUUGAUGAGACGGGCAAUCGAGUGGGAAGCUCCAGUGGAAGUCGAGGUGUAACACAUAUUAAUUCCCAAAAUGACAUUCUACGAAUUGUAGACUCACUGCCUCCUAGCUAUGAUAGUGUGGUCAAAUUCGAUAUUCCACCACCGCCCUAUGACUGCCUAGUAAUCGAUAUGGAACAAUCCAAAGAUGAACAGGAUUCCCCAGAUAAGGCGAAUACAAGCACGGCCGAAACAUCAGUUGUCCAUAUGUAAAAUAUCUACACGGAAUCCUUACAAUCCCCUGGGAGAGAGAAUUGAAAAGAGAUUGAAAUAAUUUUGAGUUUUGUCAUUUUUCAAAUACGAAAAAAAAUAAGCCAAAAUAUUUCAUUACCAACCAGCCAACAUAGAUGUUAUAACACACACACACACACACAAAAACAAAAUCAUGUAAAUAGAAGAUGCAUUUUUGUAAUUGGCUAGAUAUGCAUAUCAAAGACGUGAUUGAGUGAAGUUUUGUUAGCAAUAUGGGAAAAGUAAUCAAUCGUUAAAUGUCCCACAUGAUUGUAGACUUUUGCUUGGAAAGAAAAUAGACAACAAAAAAACAGAGUGUAGUAUUUUAUGUAAAACGAAUGUGUUUAUUAGGAUUUUAAUUUAAGUGCAAAUUUUCUUUCCAUUUUCUUUAGAAGACAAAAAAGAUUUGUAGUUUUUUGUAACCAUUGCAUACAAAUCUUUAGGUCUUUUUAAGGCAAGACAGCAUUAGGCAUAAAAAAAUACACCCACGCACACACACACACACCAAUUCAUCUAGUCCAAAAAUCCACUACUUAAAUAAUUUAUAUAAAUAAUUGUUCAUGUAUAUACAUACACACCACUGCUAAAGCAAUAGCACACAUGCACAUACUAAACCAGUUACAUGCAUAGGGCAUAUAGCUGCUGCUGCUUAUAUAAAUACAUAUACAUUGUACAUAUCUAUAUAUAAAUGAUUAUAGAUUAGUUUUGUAUUUCGCUUUAUGUAGAUAGUAAAUUUAUUUAAUUUUAAUAAAUUAUAUGUGUAAUUUUCCAUACCGAGGUAUUCCUAGUAGAUAGCACUGUAUAAGAAU